CUUGGUGAACUUUUUUGUGCGUGUGAUGCCGAUCUUGUCAAUGUUAUCUGAUGUCUCCCUCUGCCGCUCUUCUUUGCCGUCGGAGUUGCAGGCCCAAACCGGAAGACAACGGACGGGCCCAGAUGCUCCCCUCUCUCUCCUGUCGUGUCUGUGACAACUAGAAAAAAAGAUCUCCCCUUCUUCCUUCCCUUUCCCCGUCCAUCCCUCCUCUUUGGUACGAUCCUCUGCCUCCCUUGUUGCUCCCAUCCCCUUCCUCCCCCGUAGAAGCACGAGGUGUGCGACUAGGGUAUGCUCUUCGCCGGUUGUUACUUCGGGAUCAUACUUUGAGGAGGGGAAAUCACGGAUUGGAGAUUCAGGUUCUAAUUCUGAAGCGUUAGUGCUUCCCUAAUAUCUGUCCGACCCUGAAAGAUGGAGCCUGACCAGAGUGGUACUGAGCAGACCUCUCAACGCGGGAAUGAUUGGGAAGUCGUGCAGCUGACUGCAUCAACAUACGCAUCCGCACCUGCUCCAAGAAGACCUGAACCUUCUGAGGAGGCUGAAGCUAAGAAAUUCGGCACAAAAGGGGAUGAUUCAGCUGGUGCACUGUUGAUGUCUGGCCAUUUCUCGGUGUCUCAGAAUGAAGAUGAGAGCCUCCUCAUAGGCACAGAUAGCAAAGAGCGACAGAAGGAGCUUUGCAGUCAAGAUGCAGUUUCUAAUGAGGGAGACGAUGAAAAAUACCAAGAAACCGGCAAGGAUAAAUUGAACGAUGCCCUUCACGGAAUUGCUUCCUUUGACAAAGGGAAAAGCCUUUCCUUGGUUGAUAUGGAGUUUGAUGAUGGCAAAGCAUUGCAAGGCAUGAGUUUGGUUGGGGAAGAGCCUGUUAGGUUCUCACCACCUGGUUCCAGCGCCAUCGAUGCUGAAAGGGAUUUAAGCUGGUCAUCUACUGAGAGUAAAAAUGAGAAGAAAACUGAGGAGUCAACUUUGCACAAAGUGAACCCCAUCAUUGGUUCACCAAAGGCCAUUGCAUCUGGUGAACAGAACAGACCAGAUGGUUCUGGACUCCCACGUGAUGCGUGGUGGAAGAAGCAAAUUUUAUCACUGUACAAGAAUGCGAAGGAAAGUAAUAAGUUCUGGCCUAUCGUUGCAGCUGCUGCUGCUUUGAUGGGCAUGGCGUAUUUUGGGCGGCGUUGGCAAGAGGGCAAGUUGCAGCUUCAGCCGGUCAAAUUGCAACCUUCUAGCAUCAAGGAGAAAAUUGAUCAUGUGGUUGGACCAUUAAACCGCAUCAAGGACAUUCUUGUUGCUGGCAAUCACCCGAGUCCCGGUAUCCAUGGACAUGCUUGAAUGUAAUCAAUCCAUAGACCCAACGACAUCUUCGAUCCGGAAUAUCUAAUCCUAUUGUGUAUCCGCUUGAGACAUCGGCUCGAAAUGAAGACGGUGGGGCAAAGUUUGAGCAGUACUUUGAGGCUUGAGGAUGUUUAUUAAAGUAUGUGUGCUAGUAUGUAUAUUCCAAAAUUCCUUUUGGAUGUGUAAAUAUAUGGGUUUAGUGUGAUUGUUUUUCGCCAUUUCAUGGAAUCUCCAGUUCUCCACUGGUUUCCUUCUAGUACUGCAAUCAACUUGUGUACUGAUUCAACAUGUCAUGUUUGGUGUUGAUCAAGAAAAUAUGCCUGUAAAUUUCACCAUUCAUGUUGGCAUUUCUUGAGCCUUACAGCUGCAACAGUGAGUUGAUUAUAGUCCCUGCUAUAUAGAUGGAGUAUUGGUGCAUUGGUUC